UGGAUGGAAAGGGAAACUUCUUUCAUUUCUUUGUGAAGACGAAUCGUAAAUAUUACUUUGUUAACAAAGGAACUUCCGGUCAAUGGUGUUUCGUCAACAAAGGAACUUCCGGUCAAUGGUGUUUCGUCAACAAAGGAACUUCCGGUGAAGGCAAAAAACAAACACACUCUUAUUAUGGAUCGAGGAAAAAGACCUCGAAAUACGCCAAUUUGUCGAGGAAAGCAACCGUUCAAACAGACAAUAGCCCGAAUCCAGUGGCAAAGCCAAAACGGAAAAUCUCCGUAAAGUCUAAAGACGCGAAAAAGUCAAAAACAAAACAAACUUUUCCAGCGAAUGAUAAACCUACAUCAACUGUACCUGCAAAAGACAAUAAACGAAAACGUCGUGUCCCAAAGCGAUUCCAGGAUGAUACAGCAGUAACAGUCCCGGAAACAGACCAGUCAGAGUAUUCCAGUGCAAGUGAGAGUGACAGUGACAGUGAUAGCGAUAGUGAUAGAGAUUCACUGUUUGAUACAAUCACAGAGCAUACAUCUAUGCUGGCAGAUCGAACAGUUCCAGAUGUCAGCGCCACACAUGGAUCCAAAUCCAACAGACGUUCAAAGCAUAGUUCUAGAUAUCUGUUAAAUAAAAGUGUUCUGGAUCUUCUGAAUCAGUCCCUGUCCAAGGCUACCAGACAAUCAUACAAACAAGCCUACAAACAUUAUCUACAGUUUGCUUCCCAAUUUUACCCUUGUGAAGUGGUUUUCCCUAUAACUGUUAAUAGGUUAGCCCAGUACUUAGCAAACUGUUAUGUUCAAGGCUUGAGUUAUUCGACAAUCCGCACACGGCUUUCAGGUCUGUCGUACUUUCACAGCAUAUGGUCACUAACAAAUCCAGCAAACAAUUUUGUCAUUCGCAAACUUAUGUACGCAAUCAGGAUCAAGGUCACUCAACCGGACCAGAGAAAGCCGAUCACCAUUAAACUUUUACAGGAAUUAAUCCUUGCACUUGACUCCCUUUGUCAGUCGUCGUAUGACAAACAUCUGUAUAAAGCACUAUAUUUGGUCUCAUUUUUCGGUUUGUUUCGAAUUGGAGAAGUUUCUAUUACCAAAACCGGUAAGGGUAAUGUAAUUUCCAACAAAAAUGUAUGUUUUUACAGAAAGAAACAGAACAUAACAAGAGUUUCAAUAACAAUGAAUAGAUAUAAACACUCUAAAGGUCAAAGAGCGAUUGUCAAUCUGGAAAAGAAUUCGGUUAAAUCACUGUGUCCGGUUGUUGCUUUAGAACGAUUUCUGCUGCGCAGACCUGAAACAUCAGGUCCUUGUUUUGUUCUUCAAGAUGGUCGACCUCUCUAUAGUGCAACCGUAAGGUCUUUUCUCCGGAAAUGUAUUUCUUAUAUUGGUCUGAAUUCUCAAGAAUACACUCCACAUUCCUUCCGUAUUGGAGGUGCUACUCACGCAUACAAUCUGCAAGUCACUCCACACCAACUGCAAGCACUUGGUCGCUGGAAAUCCAGUGCAUAUAAGAAAUAUAUCCGUCCUUCAACUUAAGGCUUAGACUUUGUACCUGCACAUUUCAGUUGCCAACUGCCUCCAUUGCCUGUUAAAGUAACAAUCCUAUAUGAUCUCAAGGCUAAGUGUACCUGACUGGCUUAGGCAGCAGGUAUUAGUCCGUACUGUCAAAAAUUAUGUUUUUAUACCUGACUGGCUUAGGCAGCAGGAUUGAUUCAGAACUGACUGGAUAUUGUGUUUGUGCACCUGACUGGCUUAGGCAGCAGGUAUAUAUAUAUAUAUAUAUAUAUUUUUUUUUUUUUUUUUUUUUUUUUUUUUUUUUGAACUGCCAGAAACGAUGUUUGUGUACCUGUCUGGCUUAGGCAGCAGGUAAUGUUCAUAACUAACUGAUAUAAUGCUGUGUACCUCACUACCUGACUGACUUAGGCAGCAGGCAAUUUUCAUAACUGAUUGAUUUUAUGUUUGUAUACCUGACAUGCUUAAGAGCAGGAUUUAUUCAGAGCUGACUGAUAUCAUUUUUAUGUACCUGUCUGGUUUAGACAGCAGAAAUAUUCAUAAUUGUCUUAGAUUAAUUUUGUGCACCUGACUGGCUUAGGCAGCAGGCUUAAUUCAGAACUAAUUGAUAUUAUGUUUGCGUACCUGACUGGCUUAGGCAGCAGGCAAUAUUCAUAACUGUCAUAUUAUUUUUGUGUAACUGGCGGGCUUAAACAGCAGGCCUUAUUUCGAACUGUUUACUGGCAUAUGAUUGUGUUCUUUACACUCUUAGGCAACAAUUUUAUUCAAAAUGACUGAAAUUACAUUUGUGUUCCUUACUUUAUCUUUUUUCUUGGUUAAGAUUCAUUACUUUUUGUAUAUAACCUCCUUCUUCUACAAAAUAUUGCUAAGGUCACUAAGACAUACCCCUACGCCAAGUGCUCAUAUUUGUCUGGCCGUAGUGCUUUGCUGGUUGGUCGACCAACAAACCACUGUGUGGCGGUUCAGUCGUCCAGAUAUUUCUAAAAUGUAACAUAUUUGGUCUUUGUUAACUUCUGAUAUGUGUAUAUAUGUUUUAUGGCUUUAUUAAAAGCCCAUUUUCAACUCAAAUGGUGUUUUGUUACUUUUCUCAAUACAAGCUGCAUAUGAGCACUUGGUGAUGGCCCAGUCAACAUAAAUGGAAUUUUAUGUUACAUAAAAUCAUUUAUGUGCGGGUCCAUUAUACUUUUGGGUACGAGAAGUGGGUGCCGCAUAAUGAGCGGGUGCCGCAGACAAGUGGCGUGUGUCGCGAUAGACGAGUGAUAUGCGUCGCGAUUCAUCACCAUAAUUCCAAUUUCCUUUGUUUAGAGAAGACGUUUCGUGAACAACCCACCACCUCCCCUAGUCAAUCCAUCCCUUUCAUAUUUCGAUUGAUAUACAUCUUUAUUUUUAUUAUUUUAUUAGUUUUUGUUUGUUUGUUUUGCUUUGAGUUUAUAUGAAAUCCAGCCAUUAGUAUACCUAUGACUGUACCAUUUUCUAGUCAAUUUUUAUUUUAUUUGGUAUAUAUACAUAUUUUGUCUUGUUAAUUUUGAAAUGUGUAUGUUUUAUUGGCGGCGGUUCAGUCGUCCAGAUAUUUCUAAAAUGUAACAUAUUUGGUCUUUGUUAACUUCUGAUAUGUGUAUAUAUGUUUUAUGGCUUUAUUAAAAGCCCAUUUUCAACUCAAAUGGUGUUUUGUUACUUUUCUCAAUACAAGCUGCAUAUGAGCACUUGGUGAUGGCCCAGUCAACAUAAAUACUAAAUUAGAAAAAAAUAUAAUUAUACACAAAAUUUUACUAUUCUCACGAACACAUCCUAUCCCCAUCACCACCCCAAGAUAUCUAAUUAUAAUUAUUGGUCUCCAUAAAACAUAUAUUGUAUAUCAUGCACAAAACUAAAUGAAAUGAAGUUGUUCAUUUAGUUUUCUUGUAAAUACACUAAACAAAACUUAUAAUUGGUUACGGUUUCAAAUCGCAAAUAUUUAUUUUAGUAUGAUUCUUCGUAAUAAAUUAUGUUUGUAGCUUUAGCGUUUUUGUCAUUUGAUGGAAACUGUAAAAUAAUC